AUGCAAGAAUCAGAAAUAAUUAUUUUGGAAGGUUCUAAUUUUUUUAGACAAUAUUUGGUUUAUUCAAUUUUAAGUGGAAGAAGGAUAUCUAUAAGAAAUGUUAGGCCAUAUGAUGAUUCUCCUGGAAUUAAAGAUUUUGAAUAUAAAUUGUUGUCGUUGAUUGAUCUAAUAACAAAUGGUUCAGAAAUUGAUAUAAACAAAACAGGCAGGAAUGUUAAGGGCACACAAGUUGACUUCUCGCCUGGAACUUUGCAAGGAGGGAGUUUUGAAUUUCAAUGUGGAGUUGAACGUUGUAUCAGUUAUUUUCUCGAGCCUCUCAUUUUUCUUGCGCCAUUUUGUAAGAUUGCAAUAAAUGGAAAUCUUAAAGGAUUGACAAAUGUGCCUGACGAGUUAAGCGUAGAUGCUAUUAAUAGUACAUGGUUACCUGUUUUUUCUCGUUUUGUGCCAACUGAUGAUGAUUUAUACUUAAAGGUUUUUUUUAAUUUUUGGAAACUUCACCAAGAAAAAUUUGGUAGGCGUGGCCAUGACGGCGCAAAACCAGAACUACCUGGAAAAUUUCUGACCCUUAAAAUUUUUAUUAAUGCCAGAGGUUUUUUACCAGAUGGAGGUGGAUCUGUAACCUUUUGCAGUCCGAUAAAAAAGAAUUUGAGGCCUGUCCAAGUUGUUAAACCUGGAAAAAUAUGCAAAAUUCGAGGUCUUGCUUAUGUUUGUAAAGUUUCUCCUUCAAUUGCUUCGAGGAUGAUUGAAGCAGCAAAGAAAAUGUUACAUGGAUAUAUUUCUGAUGUUUACAUAACUAUUGACCAACGAAAGGGUCCCCAAGGAGGAUUGUCUCCAGGUUUUGGAAUUUUCAUAACCGCUACGACUACAGAAGGUGUCAGUUAUUUUGGUGAAGCAAUGUCCAAUCCAAAAGAUUCUCAAAAAGUUCAAUUAAUUCCUGAAGAAAUUGGAGCAGAAGCGGCAAAGCGUUUAUUAAACGAAAUUUAUAAGGGUGGAUGUACCGAUUCCUCAGCCCAAGCUUUAGCUACAACAUUUAUGACGCUUUGUGAUAAAGACGUUUCAAAAUUUUUGUUUGGUCCUUUGUCAUUUUAUUGUGUCCACACAAUGAGAAAUUUACGUAUAUUUUUUAAUCAUACAUUUAAAUUGGAUGAACUAUGGAAAUUAGAAAAAAAGGAAUUUGAUGAAGAAAAGAAGAGAAGAUGUACUGGAAGUGAAGAUAAAUGUUUGUUAACUUGUGUUGGUAUUGGUUAUUAUAAUAUAAACAAAAUAUUAAUUUAA